AGCUGACAACUAUGGGCGAAAAUCUCAAUAAUCUCAUGUCACACAACAUUCGACUUCAACGAUACUGAAGCGAAGCUGUCUCCAGUUCAUUUUGUCUAAUUUGUUUAAUAUUCUAAAAUUGUAUUAACUUUAAUUGAAAAGUAGAAUGACAUUUGGUGCGAUGGAUGCCCACCAAGCACAUAAAGAACAUGUGUUGGCAGUUUCGAGGGAUUUUAUUUCACAGCCAAGACUUAGUGAGUAUAUUAGCUCAAGCAAAUUAGGGCGUGUCUGAACCCAAAAUCUAUGUAAAAUAUUUAUUUGUUGUACACUAAAUAAUUACUUAAAACUUAUUAAUAUCACAAAUUUUAAAGUAAUUAAAUUAAAUUAUGUAUUAUAAAAAUAGUUAUAUAAACAAUACUUUUAAUUAGGUAAAUCAUUUAAUGGUCAAUGUAAUAGUCUAAGAUGAGGUACAUUUGUUAUAAUAUUACAUUGAAAAAAUAUUAAUUAAUAGUAAUAUUUUUGUUGUAUUUAUUAUGAAUUUUGCUAUUAUUAAAUCAUUAAUCAUAGGGUAUUUCUCAGUUUUAUAAUAAGAUUUAGGUGAAAAUUAUAUUAUUUUUAUUAUUAUUAUAUUUAUCUAUACAAUUUAACAUAAUACAUUGUAAUUUGGCUUACAAAUUAAGAUUACGCCUUUUAUUUAGAAUUAAUUUUUUUACCUGUAGAUAUUUUUGUCUAUUUAGAAUAAUAAGAUAAUACACAUACCAAUUAUAAACUUUAAGUGGGCGUGGUUAUUUACAUUGCUAUUUUUUUUUAACUAACAUUAUAAAAUUUAUGUAGCAUAUAAAACUGUCUCUGGUGUUAAUGGACCAUUGGUAAUAUUGGAUGAAGUUAAAUUUCCUAAAUAUGCUGAAAUUGUUCAAUUGAGACUACAUGAUGGUACUCUCAGAUCUGGACAAGUGCUUGAAGUUUCUGGUUCCAAAGCUGUUGUUCAAGUAUGAUAUUCAGUCUUCUAAUAUAUUUAAUUUAGCGCACUGUGGUAAAUAAUAAUAAAUAUGUUUAGGUAUUUGAAGGUACAUCGGGUAUUGAUGCUAAGCAUACCUUAUGCGAGUUUACUGGAGAUAUUUUACGUACACCAGUAUCUGAAGAUAUGCUUGGCCGUGUUUUCAAUGGUAGUGGAAAACCAAUAGAUAAAGGACCUCCAAUUUUGGCAGAAGAUUAUUUAGAUAUUCAAGGCCAGCCUAUAAAUCCUUAUUCCAGAACAUAUCCACAAGAAAUGAUACAAACUGGAAUUUCGGCUAUUGAUAUUAUGAAUUCUAUUGCCCGUGGACAAAAGAUUCCAAUAUUUUCUGCAGCAGGUUUACCACAUAAUGAGGUACAUAAUAGAUCAAAAAAUUAUUUAUAUUUGUGAUGCUUAUACUUAUAAAUAUACUUAUAUUUUAAUUUAGAUUGCUGCUCAAAUUUGUAGACAGGCUGGUCUUGUAAAACAACCUGGUAAAUCUGUUCUUGAUGAUCAUGAAGAUAAUUUUGCUAUAGUUUUUGCUGCUAUGGGAGUUAAUAUGGAAACUGCUAGAUUUUUCAAACAAGAUUUUGAGGUAAAGUUAUUUUAAUUCAUAACUUUAGACAUAUUAAGUUUUACCUUCUAUAAUUUAUAUAUAUAUUUUUUAGGAAAAUGGCUCAAUGGAGAAUGUGUGUUUGUUCUUGAAUCUAGCUAAUGAUCCUACUAUUGAGCGUAUUAUUACACCUCGACUUGCUUUAACUGCUGCUGAAUUUUUAGCUUAUCAGUGUGAAAAACAUGUCUUGGUCAUUUUAACUGAUAUGAGUUCAUACGCUGAAGCUUUGCGAGAAGUUUCUGCUGCUCGUGAAGAAGUUCCUGGACGUCGUGGUUUCCCUGGAUACAUGUACACUGAUUUAGCUACAAUUUAUGAGCGAGCUGGUCGAGUUGAAGGCAGAAAUGGUUCUAUCACCCAAAUACCCAUUUUGACUAUGCCUAAUGAUGGUAAGCAAAUAAUUCAAAUACCAUAUUUUAUAUAUAUAUAUAUAUAUACAUUUUAUACAAUUAAAAUAUGAAUGCUUAGAUAUAACUCAUCCAAUUCCCGAUUUAACUGGAUAUAUUACUGAGGGUCAAAUUUACGUUGAUCGUCAAUUGCAUAAUCGACAAAUAUAUCCACCAAUAAAUGUAUUGCCAUCUCUUAGUAGGUUGAUGAAAUCUGCUAUUGGAGAAGGAAUGACUCGUAAAGACCAUUCUGAUGUAUCAAAUCAGUUGGUAAGCAAGAUAUUUUUAUAAUUUGAGUAGUAUUAAAAGUAUUUUAUUAUUUUCUUUUUAGUAUGCUUGUUAUGCAAUUGGAAAAGAUGUUCAAGCUAUGAAAGCUGUUGUUGGAGAAGAAGCACUGACACCAGAUGAUCUUCUAUAUCUUGAAUUUUUAACUAAAUUUGAAAAAAAUUUUAUUACACAAGGUAAAAAGCUAAACAUAAUUUGAUUAUGAUCAUAUUAUAAUUACAUCAUGGAAUGUUUGUUUUAGGUAAUUAUGAAAAUCGCACAGUAUUUGAAUCAUUGGAUAUUGGAUGGCAAUUGUUACGUAUUUUCCCUAAAGAAAUGUUAAAGAGAGUACCAGCAUCUACAUUAGCUGAAUUUUACCCAAGGGAUUCCCGUCCAAAAUAAAUAUAUAUGUAAGUAUAACUAUAUUACUCGGUGAUUUUUUAUAAUUAUUUUUAAUUAAUUACUGACAAUAUUUUCUUUAGUAUUGAUUUAAUUUAUAAAUUUCAUAUUUUAGCGACCAAUAAAUAAAUAAAUAAAUAAAUCAAUUGAUCAAAUAUUAACAUGACAGAGCGUUAUUAUCAUCUACUAAUUUAGUAGAGGAACACCAUUCACUAUGUUUGUUUAUCCAAGAAGUAAUGUAAACAAAUAAUGGUUUUGUGUUUAUUCAUUACUAUAAUUUCUUAAAUUUAAUUUUUUCACUAUAAUUGAAGUUUUUUAUCAUGUAACUUUUUACUGUUGUGUAGAUCUAUCUAUUAGAUGUAUUUGAUGAUAUCCUGAAAAUAAUUAGACAAUUAAUAUUUUUUAUACUUAAUUAUGUUGCAGGUGAAUAUUUUAACUGUAGAUUAUCAAAAAUCUUCUAUGUUCAUUAUUCAUUGGUUCACCUUGUACAUUCCAUUAUGAAUAAUAAUAAUUACCAUAUUUUCUUUUUAGAAUGAUAAAAAAAAAUGUAGAAAAUAGUUUUUAAAUAAAAGUCUGUGUUUUCUUUUGCAAUUCUUACAUGCAAAACCUUUUACAAAGUAGUACUAAUAUUUAUUUCAUUAUAUAAAUUAUUGAUACAUAUAUAUUUAUAUAAAAUAAUAUUGUAAUACUCAAAACAGAAUUUAAAUUAUAAUAGACGUCUAUAUAAUAAUUUUUAAGUGAAUAUGUUUAUUUCUUUGAGGUGUUAUACCUUUUUUUUUUGUUCUUGUUGUGAAUUAUGAUAUUCUAUUAAUUAUUAAAAUUGGCUUUAAAAAUUGUGUACGUUGUUAAUAAUAGUAUUUAAUAAAUAAUUAUUUCAAAUUUUCAAUUAUCAAGACAAUUACUUGAGAUAGGCAUGAUACCAAUUACUACUAAUUGUUUAUCUGAUAAAACUUUAGCUGCUAUUAUUUAUAAUAUAUAUGCCCAGAACAUUAUGUAUACCUACUAGUUUAAGCUUUUAAGUGUAAAGUUAAACUUUAAUAUCUUUGAUUUUUUAAUACCUAGAAAAAAGGACCUAUUAGUAUUACUGAAUCUGCACUACUAAAUUACUCCUAAUUUAAUAUUUUAUCUUCUGAAAGUAAGGUUUUAAUUUUCUUAAAUUUAUUUAAUUUUAAUUGCAUGAUGAGAGUUUUAAUUAGAAAUAAGAAUUAUUAUGAAAAUUAGAAUUCCUUAUUAUACAAAUUCAAAUAAUUCAAAUUAAUUGUAACUAUUAGUUUAUCCUAAUUCUAACCAGCAUGGUUUUACAUAUAAUAAUAUAAUGAAGUACAUUUUUUUGAACUGGGAAUUCAAUUUUAUUUAUGUGUCUUAUAC